AUGUUUGGGGAAAAAAACAUGGCUGCGCCUUCGAGUGAAGUCCAGAUUGUUCCUGCCAAAAAGCCCACAGUCCGAGGACCACGCCGAGUCGCCAAUCAAAUUCCAGAUGAAAUCCUGCAAGACGCCGAGUUACAGGAGGCGAUCAAAGCCCUGCCUGCAAAUUACAACUUUGAGAUCCACAAGACAGUUUGGCGAGUGAGACAAGCCAAUGCUAAGAGAGUGGCCUUGCAGCUUCCAGAGGGCCUGCAGAUGUUUGCCUGUGUCAUCGCUGACAUCAUUGAGAGGUUCACGGAGGCAGAUACCAUUGUGAUGGGAGACGUGACAUAUGGGGCCUGCUGUGUGGACGACUUCACCGCCCGGGCACUGGGAGCUGAUUUCAUGGUGCACUAUGGACACAGUUGUCUCAUCCCCAUCGACUCCACAGCAGGUAUUAAGAUGCUGUAUGUGUUUGUGGAUAUCCAGAUGGACAAUGCGCACUUCCUGGACACGGUCAAGUUCAACUUCCCCCCUGGACAAUCUCUGGCACUCGUCAGCACUAUUCAGUUUGUAGCAGCACUGCAGGCUGUGAGUGCAGCCCUCAAGCCAGAAUAUGACAUGCUGGUCCCACAGUGUCGACCUCUGUCGCCAGGAGAAAUUUUGGGCUGUACCUCACCUCGUUUGGACCGCAAUGUCAACGCCAUAAUUUAUCUGGGAGAUGGAAGAUUUCACCUGGAGUCGAUCAUGAUAGCAAACCCAGACGUCCCUGCCUACAGAUAUGACCCCUACAGUAAGGUUUUCUCCAGGGAGUACUAUGACCAUGAGGCCAUGCGUGCCUUAAGGCUCCAGGCUAUUAACAACGCUCGUUCAGCCCAGAGGUGGGGCCUGAUCUUGGGCACGCUAGGCCGGCAGGGCAGCCCCAAAGUGCUUGAGCACCUGGAGUCAAGGCUUCAGUCUCUGGGCAAGAACUUCACUCGAGUUCUCCUGUCUGAGAUUUUCCCCAGCAAGCUGGAUCUUAUGCAGGAUAUAGAUGCGUGGGUCCAGAUUGCUUGUCCACGCCUGUCUAUCGAUUGGGGCAAAGCCUUCUCCAAACCCCUGCUGUCUCCAUAUGAGGCAGCUGUGGCUUUACAGGAAGUAGGCUGGAAGGAAGUCUACCCCAUGGACUUCUACUCCAAUCAGAGCCUGGGGCCGUGGGCGCCCAACCACCCUGACAACCAACCUGUGCGGCCCACUCGCAGACAAGCCCAGAAGCCAGGCUCAGAGCCAGCUCUUCCUACCAAGCAGUGUGGGCAGACCCAGUGCACCCCCUGUGGCUGUCAAGGGAAGUGACACAUCGUGACCAGCGCCGUCUUUGACUCGUCCCGUGCCUGUGGGUGCCUUUGUCUCUGUUAAUGGCUGGAGGGAGGUCAGACCAGAGGGGGAGAGAGGGUAUUUGUCCACACAGUCUAUCAGCAAGCAGAGCUAAACCAGAGGAGCCCUCGGCCGCUCCUCAAAUGGAUUACUAGCCAUAAAUAAUCUCUCAUUUUACAGCACAGCAGAUCAAACCAAAUUCAUUGCUCUUAUUCACAUUUUUUGGCAUUCAUUCUGAGCUCAAAAUACACGCAACAGAGAGAAUAGCUUUUGUGUUUGAGCUCACACAUGUUCAUGUGAAUCAAAUUUCCACGAAGGCGCUGCUCUCUGCUGUGCUAAGAAAGGAAUUCUUCCUGCACAGGGAGGAAAUGUGUGGGCCUUUCUUUUAUUCAGACACGGCUUUCGUGAUUGUUAGAGAGACAGAGCGUGCAAGAUGACCUUGAACAAGUUGUAUGGAAUUAAAGUGUCUGUUAAUGUGGGUGGCUUUAGUCAAAUGCAAUCCACUUGUCCUUGGAUAAAGCACUGUAUGUUGAUGGACACUUGAAAUAAGUUUCCCUUCAUGCUGUAUUUCAAAGAGAGUCAUAGACAUAUUGUAUGAAGCACUUUAUUUGAUGUACUCUGCUGAAAUUUUGGUAGUAAAAAUGUGAUAGAUUAUGACAUGACCUUGUUUCUCUUUCUUGCUUUUCUAGUCAAAUUCUGAAACAAUAAAUCAGAA